AAAACGAAACCGGUAGUGGAAAUCUCGAAGUCUCGAAUAAUGAGGAAGUUGUGAGUUUUGUUUUAUAUUUCAUGCAGUUAAAGUCAGUUAGAAGUGUUUUAAAAAUCAUUCAUUGUUUAUUUACAACUUGUGAAAUCCCCGUUGAUUUUGAAUUGGAUAAAACUAAUCUCAUAUACCUAGAGCAGCGUGACAUUUCAUCCAAUUACAGGAGAUUUCAAGUCACACAAGAUUAUAUUUGGAAACAAUGAAGAAGAGGCUUCUUAGCUUCUUUAUUAUAGGUGUCGUUUGUCUGAGUUUGGUAACUUUGAGUCAGUCAGAGAGUGAAGAUGAAGAUGAUGCUGUAGUAACAACCGAGGAAGAUGAUGUAGUUGUAGAUGACAUAAUUUAUAGGAGUCCUACACCAUCUGGCAAUGUGUACUUUGCAGAACAUUUUGAUGACAUAAAUCAAUUCAACAAGAAGUGGACAUUGUCAGAGGCUAAGAAGGAUGAUACAGAUGAUGAUAUUGCCAAGUAUGAUGGAAAAUGGGAAGUUGAAGCUCCACAAAAGAAUGGCUUGGCUGGGGAUCUCGGACUUGUUUUGAAAUCCAAAGCAAAACAUGCUGCAAUAUCCGCUCGUCUGGAUCGCCCUUUCAAAUUCACAGUAAAGCCAUUGAUAGUGCAGUAUGAAGUAACAUUGCAAGAGGGACAAGAAUGUGGUGGUGCCUACCUAAAACUACUCACACAUGGGAAGCACACAGCUGAUCUCCGCCAGUUCCAUGACAAAACACCAUACACCAUUAUGUUUGGGCCAGAUAAAUGUGGCAAUGAUCAUAAACUUCACUUUAUUUUCCGCCACAAGAACCCACUGAAUGGAACAUUCUCAGAGAAACAUUGCAAGAAACCUAAGGAACGUUUAGAGGAACCAUUCAAAGAUAAGCUUCCGCACUUAUAUACAUUACAUGUUCGACCUGACAACACUUUUACAGUGAAACUUGAUCAUAAAGUAAUCAACGAGGGCAAUUUACUAGAUGAUUUUACCCCACCCGUUAAUCCACCACCUGAAAUUGAUGAUCCUAAUGACAAGAAACCUGCGGACUGGGAUGAACGUGAGAAGAUACCUGACCCAGAGGCACGUAAACCUGAUAAUUGGGAUGAAGAUGCCCCUGCUAUGAUACCUGAUCCAACUGCCACAAAACCAGAGUCCUGGUUGGAAGAUGAGCCCGAAAUGAUUCCGGAUCCCAAUGCAGAGAAGCCCGAUGACUGGGAUGCCGACAUGGAUGGAGACUGGGAGGCGCCACUCAUUCCUAAUCCUGCAUGUGAGAGCGCUCCAGGUUGUGGUCCCUGGAAACCUUCACUGAUAAACAACCCAGACCAUAAGGGGAAAUGGCGUGCACCCCUUAUUGAUAAUCCAAAUUAUAAAGGCAAGUGGAAGCCCCAGAGGAUUGCCAAUCCAGACUUCUUUGAAGAUAAAGAGCCAUUCAGGAUGGCAGAUAUUGCUGCAGUUGGCCUAGAAUUGUGGUCUAUGUCAAAUAUGAUUUUAUUUGAUAAUUUCAUCAUAACUGAUGAUCCAGCUGUGUCAGACACUUGGGCUGCUGAGACGUUCGACCUCAAGCGCAGGAAGCUGGACAAAGAUGGUGAAAGUUUGUUUAGUCGACUAGUGACAUACACCAAUGAGCAGCCAUGGUUGUGGGCUGUGUAUGUAAUAGUGAUUGGUCUACCCAUAGUGCUUGUUUUAGUCUUCUGCUGUGGUUCCUCUUCACAGGACAAAGAAGAACAGAGACGUGCAGCUGAAGCAAAGAAGACAGAUGCUGUAUCACCAGAUGACAUUGUAGACCAAGCACCAGUGAAGGCAACCAAAUCUAAGAGUCAGCUAGAGGUGCAGGAGGAGGAGGAGGAGGAGGAAGAAGAAGAAGAAGCAGAAGCAAGUGGAGGAGAGGUGGACACUGAUGCACUGAAAACUGAGGAAGCAGUAUCUGAAAUUUCAGAAGAUGCUCCUAGAUCACCGAAGAAACUUGCAUCAAGUAAAGAAUGAUAGCUGUCACCAUAUGUAUAAAUUGAGAACAACCAUUACCAGUAAUCAAAAUAUACUGAACAUCUAAGUACAUUGCAAGUUUGUUCAUGGAUAUGUGGAAGUUCUUGGACUUGAAGGUGGUGAGUCUUAGUAUUAAUGGUACAAUUUUUAUACAAACUUCACCAUUCUUCAUUUUGUGUGUAUUGUUUAAAACUCCUUGUCAUUGUGUUUAUACAAGAGUAUGGUCUCCAGUUAUCAUAAUUCUGUUCAUAACUGGAAUGUGAUUAUGAAUUUCAAGCAGAGAACAAAAAAAAAAUGCUGUAAACCAAGUUGUGGAAAUGAAGUGUGCACAGUGUUACUGUGUUUGAAAAUGAACGUAAUCUUCUUUUCUCUCCUCCAAAAGUGUAUUUAAAAUUUCUACAUUCUGCAUUCUGAACCUUUGAACUGAAAGAUUUCUUUUAUAUAAUCAUUUAAUUUCAUGUUGGCUACAUUAUCUUAUUUCACUAUUAAAUAUGUCAGAAUUUGACUCUGUAACCUGCAAAUUUGUAUUUAAUUGCAACUGGUAAAACCCCAAAUGCAUAGAACAUGUCUUAUUUUUACUAAAACUUGGUUAGUUCAGAUCAUACAAUAAGAUAAUUGUGUGUCUGUUGGUAAUACCUAAAUAUUGCUAAAAUAUUUUUAGAAAUGGGAUAUUCAGUAAUCUGGGAAAUUACAUGUAAUAUGUUGAUUGCUAAGAAAACAGUGUUAAUUGAAAUAAGUGCAUUUUAUCCUCGUAGAGUAAUGUACAGUUAAAACCCGUUAUUAUUUAUGCAAGCAUCUUCAGCUUCCAUAUUCAUAACCACAGAUAUUUAUCACAUUUGUUCCAUCAUGUCACCUUUUCUAACAUGAGCCGAAUUUUAUAGUAUUGUUUAAGGAUAGAUCGUUAUGGUUUAAACCUAUUGUAUAAAAUUUAUGCAGGAAAAAAAAUUGUCAGAUUUAAAUGCAUUUGUUUUGUUUGUGAGUUCUGUACUAAACAGUGGUCUCAGGUUUUCUAAUGCAUUCACUCAGAAUUUCAGCCUCUAUCUGUCAGGGUCUAAUUAGUAGUAACAGGAUAAGUUCUGUAAUAAUUGUUCAUAUUAAAGUUUCACUUUACAUUGUACACAUGAGCCUGUGUGACAUAAUUCUUUAUGCUUCUCUGCCAUCUGAUGCUUGAUAUAAUGAGUAUAUAGAAAGAUGUAUGAUUGUGUGUGCAGUGUCAGCUGAAACAAGAAGUCAUAGCUUGCAUAUUGAGUCUGUGAAACAACAAAGAAAACCCCUUUUUAACUUAGUUUGUUGUAAAACAAACAGUGGUGAAGAAUUGUUUAAUUAAUUUCAGUUGUCAAAACAGUUAAAGUGUUAUUGUAUUUAUGUAUUUUAUGGCAAAAAUAAUUUCUAUUGUAAAUUAGAGUAAGUGAACAUAGUCACUAUAGCAGCCUUUCAAAUAGGUUAAAACAUUUUUAGUAAUGCACUCGAAUCUGUUAGGAGGUGUAGUUAAAGCUGUGUUCUUUAUAUUUGUAAGUUUUUAUGCUGAAACAUAAGAAUAUACUUCCUUACACUUGUUUCUAAAAUGCAUUUAAUUCUGUUAUUCAGCUAAGUAACUGGAAGUUCUUACAAGGUUGCAUGUUAGUUCACAGUGCAUCGUGCUUGCCAUUUUGCCAUACUUUGUAACAUGCUAUGUUAAAUAUAAAACCCCCUCAAAGCUUUAUGGUUUAAAAUUUUUCUUCUUCACAUAUUGGUACUUACAAAAAAUAAACAACUGUUAACAUUCUGUUAAUGUCCAAUUCUGAAUAUUGCAUUGUUAUUCUAGCCAAAAUAGCAUCUAGUCAAGUAGUUAUGUUUGAAUCAUAAUAUGAUUCAUAAAACAAACUGUGUUGUGUUGACAAUGGAAAUGGCUGAAUGAAAAUUGGAGAAGAUUAAUAGAUUGUGAUGAAUCAGGAUAUCAUAUUAAGUUUGUGGUACACAAUCUAAGACUGAUGCUUGGACCAAGUAAUGUACCAUUAUGAGCAUGAACAGAGAAUUUUUGCCUUGAAAGAGAGAUGUUUGGUAUUUGCAGUAUUACAGUUUUGAAUUUCUCAUCAACAACAUAAGUUAAUAUCUAUUCUGUUUGUAUAUGUAGAAGAUACUGCUUUGUAUGUAUAUUCUGGGUGAUGAAUGGCUCUAUGUUUUUUCUUACACUAACAUUCCGUUGAUUACUACAUCUGUAUAUGUUAAUAACUAUUUCUUUUCCUGAAUUGUGUUCUUGUAAGUGCUCAGCUGGAGAUAGAAGUACAUCAGCUUUACAGUCACUGUGAAAAUGGCAGCUAUCAUAGCAUGAGAAAGCUUGAGUUCUGUAACAUGACUGGUUUGUUUUGUAAUUGACAGUAAUGUGUUUUAAACAGUAAUAGAACCAUAAUAAUUAAAUGACACAGACUUCAGUAAUUGCUGGAAUAUUUUCUGUUUUGUUGUAUGACAUGAGUAUUCAGCAGACUGCUUAUCUGUUAGUACCUUACUUUGUCCCAAGUUUGGAAACGUCAUCACUUACUGAGUAAAUACAGUUACCCAUA